CUCAGUUACUGACACGAAUUGUCCAGCAACAGACUUUUGCAAGAACAGAGCAUGAAAUUUUAGUAACAUCGACAAAAAUGGCCGAAUCAUUGGUGGAAACUCGAGUCCCACAACAAAAGCUCUACGAAUCGAAACCUUUCCCGGCGGUUAUAUCACCGUCACUCCCUGCUCCGUCUCUCCCACUCUUCACACAAACCAUCACCACCCACAAACCCUAUCUCGACUCCCUCCUCCACCGAUCCGGAGCCGUCCUCUUCAGAGGCUUCCCCGUCUCUUCCGCCUCAGACUUCAACGACGUCGUUGAAGCUUUCGGUUUCGACGAGCUUCCUUACGUCGGAGGCGCCGCGCCGCGCACUAGCGUAGUCGGUCGUGUCUUCACCGCUAACGAGUCUCCUCCUGAUCAAAAGAUCCCAUUUCACCACGAGAUGGCUCAGGUUCCUGAGUUUCCAUCAAAGUUGUUCUUUUACUGCGAGGUGGAGCCUAACUCUGGAGGAGAGACACCGAUCGUGUUGAGUCACGUUGUGUACGAGAGAAUGAAAGAGAAGCAUCCAGAGUUCGUUCAGAGGUUGGAGGAACAUGGUUUGGUCUACGUCAGGGUUUUAGGUGAAGAUGAUGAUCCUUCUUCACCCAUCGGCCGUGGCUGGAAAUCAACAUUCUUGACUCACGACAAGAGCGUUGCUGAGGAAAGGGCAGAUAAACUGGGAAUGAAACUGGAGUGGACCGAGGAAGGAGGAGCCAAGACAAUAAUGGGUCCAAUCCCGGCUAUCAAGUUCGACAAGUCGAGAAACCGUAAAGUAUGGUUCAACAGCAUGGUGGCUGCUUACACAGGGUGGGAUGAUAAGAGGAAUGAUCCAAGAAAGGCUGCGACUUUUGGAGAUGGGGAGCCUUUACCUGAAGAUAUAGUCCAUGACUGUCUUAGGAUACUUGAGGAAGAAUGUGUUGCUGUUCCGUGGCAGAGAGGAGAUGUUCUGCUUAUAGACAACUGGGCUGUUCUUCACUCACGAAGACCGUUUGUUCCUCCUCGCAGAGUGCUUGCAUCGCUUUGCAAAUAGAUUAUUAUCUCGUCUUAUUCCACAACCUGUAUACAAAACUCAUCCUUAUGGUAUUGUCACACGUGACUAAAGCUUUGUAUUCUUAGCUACUAGUGUCUUACAUUAUUCCUCAGAGAAAGAAUAAAAAUUCGAAGUCAUUGUCAUC